UUUCAAAAAAGAAUCUUUUGUCUGUCUGUAUUUCCCUCCAUCCAAGACUAUCGGAUCUUUUGUAUUUUCCCUCCAUUAGAAACUUUAGAUUUUGGUUGGAGAGAGGCGAGGAAUAGCAUGACGAAGGGCAAGACAUCUUCUGAUUGCUCUUCGAUCAGACAAUUUGGGCAGCGAUCCAUUACAUCAAAUUUGUAUCCUCAAGUCGAGGGGAAGAAAACGAACAGAGCUUCAUUAUCGUUGAUUGAGUUCUUGGAUAAAAAGUUAGACAAACGGUCUGAAAAAUCUCUUGAGAAACAGCCGUGUGGUGCCGAUAGUGCUAAUGCUUUUCCCAGAGUUUUGGGCGGAAGGGCAUCUGAUGUACAGCCCAGAAUUUCUCCUGCCAUUGCGUCUGUGUUUCAACUUGUGAAGGAGUACCCUACACCCUCUCAGCCCCAAGAUGAAGCCACAACCCCCGCGAAUGAUCCAUGCAGCAAGCGAGCUUUAUUAAAGAGGAAGAAUGUGUUAUCACCAGAUGAUUUUCAGCAGUCUCCUUCUGGUCGCUUGCUUGUUCUUGGAGAUGAUCCCAAGCCAAAAAGGAGGCUACUUGUACAAAGAAGGGCGGACGAAAGAUCUUGUGCCAUCUUCAAUCACUAUGCUGAUGGUGUUGGUUGGUGGGACACAAACAUGGUUGGAGUUGAUAGUGAUGAAGUUGGCACCACAGAAAUAUGGGAGGGUAUGGGAUCCACUACUAUUGGUGGCUUAUAGGAGCAGUUUCACCACAUUGUAAAUAUACCAUAAGAACUACAAGCAAAAUAUUUUAUUCGUUUUCUUUUCUUGGGUCGGAUUUCAUUGCUAAUUUGCAGUACAUGAUGUUAACUGCAGUCCUUAUUCUCAGUGAUAAUAAAUUUAUCUAGUUACAACUUAUGAAAGCUUCUUUAUAAACUUCCAA